AUGCCACAACAAAAAUAUGCAUUAAUCACUGGUGCUUCAUCUGGUAUUGGAUACCAGUUAGCAAUUGCGUUCUCUAAAAAGGGAUACAAGGUAUUUGGAUGUGCACCCGAAUCGGUCUUGUUUGAAAUGAAGCCCUUGACCGAAGAAUAUGGGGUUGUUGCAUUCGGGUGUGAUAUAACUAAUAUCGACGACGUCAAAAAAGCUGCAAAAUUGGUUGGAGAGCAGACCGGUGGAAGACUUGAUAUCUUGUACAACAAUGCCGGAAUUUCUUUCGGUGGGCCCGCUGUAGAAAUGCCCGACGAAGAAUUAGUGAAAAUAUUCAACGUCAACACAAUUGGCCAUAUUACCAUGACCAAGUACAUGAUUGACUACGUUAUUGCCGCAAAGGGAACCAUCGUUUUCACCAGUUCCGUGGCUGCAAGAAUUCCACUUUCCUGGGCUGGUCCUUAUUGUGCUACAAAAGCUGCCAUUGACAUGUAUGCUAUGGUAUUACACGGUGAAAUGAAACCCUUUGGUGUCUCUGUCCACAGUGUCAUCACUGGUGGGGUUGACACCAGUCUUCUUGACACAAUUGAUUUGAACAGAAAUGCGUCUGAUUCGCGUUUCAAUGUAGACGGAUUAUAUGACAGUAUGUGGUCCCUGAGAAACAUGUCCAGAAACAAGUAUACCACCCUUUCUCCUGAAAAAUACGCCAAUAGAAUAGUAAGAAAGAUUUCAAGCAUAUGGGGCAUUGGUUUUAACAUCUACGAAGGUGCUUUUGCCUACUCAUUACACUUAGCUAGCAGAUACGCUCCCUUCUUUUUAGUUGAAUGGGGUACUGCUUUCCACUUCAACCAGUUAAAAGUCUUCAGAAAUAUUAGAAGAAAGUUACUGUCUAAAAAGGAUAAAUAA